AUGGAUCAACGCUCCGCAUUGGGGAACAUCUUCAGCGCAAUUAGAAGUUUACCUCAGGGUCACGACAAACCAGUGAAACAAGCAUUUUACAAUGCAGUAGCCCUAUUUUUGCUAUUCGUUUCCUGUGCCGCAGGAUAUGCAGUGUAUAUGAUAUUGGAACCAUUUGUGAAACCUUUAAUGUGGGCUGUGCUAGUUGGAUCAGCGUUACAUCCCUUAAAAAGAUCAUUAAGAGACAGAUUCAAAGCAUGGUUUCAAACAUUGGAAGUUACGAGUACGCCAGUUGUGUUCGCAGUUAUUCUGAUACCGGUAAAUAUCGUUAACGAUAUUUCUGAGUUUAUCGGCGAGAAUAUAUGGAAGAGGCUUAAGUUGAUAAUAGCCUUUGGAGUUACCGUCCCUAUUAUACUGCUUAUCUACAACUACACUCCGAGAAUUAUAGCAAGGGUAUUGUGGCAGUUCGUUUUAUACAGUUUUAAUGUGUUACAUUUUUUCCUGGAUACAUCGUCAUUUUGGUUAGUAAGUAUAAUACUACUGGGAUAUAUAUCGGCUGUGUUUUUAAUGUGGAAACCUGAAAAUAACACUAAAUUUCACUAUGCUUCCAUAAUAAUAUGGUUACUGUGUUCAAGUUGUCUAGCCAAACAAUUUGGGUAUCUUCAAGUACCCAUAUUUAUUUUAUCUCAAAUGAUAUUUUUCGGCGGUUUCGUAUCGGAAGUAUAUGAAUUUUAUAAUAAUAUGAAGAAUUCUGAUAACCCUAUAACACUGGUUGAAUCUGUAUCACUCGUAUUCCAUGAACACCAUGUUCAAAUUAAUGAAGAAACCAAAGAUGCUAUUGAAGACAUUUCAUCAGAAAUUAUUGGCAACACCAUUGCUGAUGAGACCAUUUCUUCAGAAACUAUUGGUGACACCAUUGCUGAUGAGAACAGUAAAGAAACUAAAAUAAUUGAAGAAAAUAAAAAAGAAGAAAGGGAUCCUUUCUCAUUAGAUCUCUUUGAAAACAAAUAUCCUGUCACUACUAUUUUUAAAAGAAAAGAAACUACCGCAAAGCUAAAACCACCAUUGAAAAGAUCUCUUUCCCAACCCCAUUUUUCUUCCAAACUUCUUAAGGAUUCUUCCUGCCUCCGUCUAGGAAGGCACAUUAACCUUCACUAUUCAAAUUCCAGUUUAGUAGAUACAACAAGCUACGAGAGUAAUUUUUUCCUUUACUCGGUUAUGUGGGCUUGCAUUGUGAUGAUUUUUUGGAAAAACGUGAUGCUCCUUCUAUUACUGCCCGCGCCCAUAUUGUUUUUCCUUAUCAAACACUUGGGUAACUACAUAGGCUUGUGGAGCUAUUUAUAUGACAAAGGCUGUGAUAUAUUUGACAUUGUGACACAUUGGUGUCACGAGAGACAUGACGCUCUUGUACCUGUGCCAAUCAGAGGCUUAUACCACAUUAUUCACAAAGUUAAUUCAUUUCUGAAAACCGGAGUUCAAGAUUCCAUAGAUACAGUAGCCAGUUGCGUGGUCAUUUUUGGCCUGAUAGUCUUCUUAAUAUGCGCUUCAGUCUUCAUAGCGAUACAAAUUUAUGCAGAAGCCAUCAUGUUGGUACAAAUGACCGGAUCGCUGAUCAAUCAAACUGUCGUGCAGAACCCAGAGUUGAAGCAGAUGCUACCGCCAGCCUGGGAUGAUACAAUAGACUCGAUUUUAGACAACGCCUACCAGUAUGGUAGAGAAGGAAUUCAAAAAAGCGUUAGAGGAAUGAUGACAGAUGUGGAUCCAUCAAAGUCUGAAAAGUUGGAAAAGCAAGUAUUGGAAUUGUGGGAUAGGGUUUAUCAGAAUUGGAUGUCGACAAAUGAUAGCAACGGUCCCAAAGUUACGGAUGAUGCCGUUAGAGCCACUUGGGAUCAUUUUAUAGCUGAUAUACAGAAAUCUCCAGAAAUGUUCAAUUUGAAUGGUCUCAUGGAGUUCGGAAAGCAGAAUAUCGGUACUUUAAUGUCGUUACUAGAGUCUGUUUGGGGUAUACUCAAAGGAAAUGUAAGUUUGAUUUUAGGAUCUUUCAGUACUUUCCUUUCAGUCCUAUUAGGAGGAGGUACUGCAGUCUUGAACUUCAUCCUUAACAUGGUCGUCUUUUUAACAACUCUAUUUUAUCUUUUGAAUUGUAGCGGGGAUCUUUAUAAACCAGUGGAGCUCUUAACUAAUUUUUCACCCAGCGGUAAAAGAUUUGGACAAGCGCUUGAAGGAGCGAUUAUUGGUGUUUUUUCUGCUUCAUUUAAAAUGGCAGUUUUUUAUGGCAUGUGGACGUGGUUUAUUCAUAACCUAUUUGGAGCCAAGAUUGUUUAUUUACCAUCAGCUUUUGCUACCAUUUUGGGCGCCAUACCGUUUCUGGGGACUUACUGGGCGUGUCUACCGGCAGUGUUCGAUUUGUGGUUGGCACAAGAUCGGGGUAUUGCGGCAAUAAUUUUUGCCGGGGCGCAAUUUUUACCCACUUCGGUUGUAGAUACGACUAUUUAUAAGGAAAUUAAAGGAGGUGGUCAUCCUUAUUUAACUGGUCUAGCUAUAGCAGGAGGGAUAUUCUGUUUGGGAAUGGAAGGAGCCAUAAUUGGUCCCAUGCUGUUGUGCGGACUGUAUGUAGCUAUAGAUCUGUCAUCUAAUUUGUUUAAAGAAACCCCUUCUGAGGAUUCGUUGCAUUUGAGGUUGAGACAGUUACAGAAUACCUGA